AUGGCUCCGACGAACCGUCCGGCUCCUGUGGAAGUCACAUACAGGAACAUGAGAUUCCUUAUUACACACAACCCAACCACUGCAACCUUAAACAGGUUUAUAGAGGAACUUAAGAAAUACGGAGUUACCACAAUAGUGAGAGUGUGUGAAGCGACUUACGACACCGCCCUCAUGGAGAAAGAAGGUAUCCAGGUUCUGGAUUGGCCUUUUGAUGAUGGAUCAUCUCCUUCCAAUCAGAUUGUUGAUGACUGGUUAAGUCUUGUAAACAUUAAAUUCCGUGAGGAACCUGGUUGUUGUAUUGCUGUCCACUGUGUUGCGGGUCUUGGGAGAACCCCAGUGCUUGUUGCCCUAGCGUUAAUUGAAAGUGGAAUGAAAAAUGAAGAUGCAGUGCAGUUUAUUAGACAAAAGCGGCGUGGAGCUUUUAACAGCAAACAACUUUUGUAUUUGGAGAAAUACCGUUCUAAAAUGCGGCUGCGCUUCAAAGACUCCAGUGGUCACAGAAACAACUGUUGCAUUCAAUAA